UCUUAGACCUCAAGUGCACAACAAAACAAAAGCAAAUAAGCAAUCCCAUUCUUGCCGAAGCCUUGUUUUUCACUCAUUCAUCUCUUCUUCUCCACCCAAACCAACCUCAAAGAGUUUCUCUUCUCAUCUUCUCCUCUCUCCCCUUUUAGCCUUUUCUUUAUUUUUUGGCUCUCCGGAGUCCAGAAGAGGGUUGUGAUAGUUUUCGCCAUAUUCAAUGGAAAGUGCCUCUAAACCUCAAGACAGAGAGAACCCUUCUCCCACUAACUCCCCAAACAGCAAUGGGAGUUGCACCAACAGCAAUGGAUCACUCCAAGUCCCGACUCCUCCAGUCACCCCAAAACCUGUUUCUAGAUCUGAACCCAAUCCAUAUCCUACGACUUUUGUUCAAGCGGACACCACAACAUUCAAGCAAGUAGUUCAGAUGCUGACCGGAUCAUCAGAGACUGCUAAACAAGCCUCAAAACCAGAUCCGCUUCCCACCACCACCAAUACAACCGCCACCAACAGAGGCUGCAGCAUCCCCCCUAUCAGGACGGGGCAGAAGAAACAAGGGUUUAAGCUUUAUGAAAGAAGGAAUUCGCUCAAGAAUGGCCUCAUGAUCAGCCCUCUGAUCUCUGGUUUUCCUCAAAAUAAUCCCACAAGCUUUUCCCCGCGAAAGCCUGAGAUCUUGUCCCCAAGUAUUCUUGAUUUUCCCUCGCUUGUUCUCAGCCCCGUCACACCCUUGAAUGAAGACCCCUUUAACAAGUCUUCUCCUUCAAUGGGAAAUUCAUCGGAAGAGGAAAAAGCCAUAGCUGAAAAGAAAUUUUAUUUGCAUCCAUCUCCAAGAACAACUACUAGAGAUUCUGAACCACCCCAGUUGUUGCCCCUGUUUCCUGUCACUUCACCUCGAGUAUCAGGCUCUUCUUCUUGAACAAUAUCGUUGAAAAUGGUUAGGGGUGUAAAGAAACAGGUAGACAGAGAUCGACCAUUGCUUCCAAAUGUACAAUUUGAUCUCUCUUCUUCCAUUGUCUCGAGACAAGAAAGGAAAGGCACCUCAUUUUCGUUGCUUUCA